GUGAAGAGCAGAGGAGGCGGUGUUGUUGGAUUUUUAGCAGGCCUGCCUUGACUUCUGAUUGAUGUUCGGGGGUCAGAUUCUGCCUGCGGAGAGGGUCCUUUCUGCUUUAUGGAGUCGAUCCAAGGGUUAAAAGGAGGCUGAUUCCAUUCCUAGAGAGGCCGGAACACAGAAGGUCACCUGACUUGCCACAGUCACUUCCUUUUAGAGCAGAGGAGGUGGUGUUGGCGGAUUUUUCAACAGGUCAUAGGUCCAGUGCUUGCUUUUACAGAAGAAUCUGGCAGAGGGGGAAGGAGGUCUGUCACUGCAGGUGGAGGCUGUUUGGAGAGGAAGAUGGAGGGAGAGACAGACCCAGCUGAUCCAAAAGCUAGAAAAGGCCCUGAUGCCACCCAGGCUGGGAGCAGAAGGGGAUUGUGGGAAGGAACCGUGCAGAGGAGCCUGGGAGACGACAACUUCCCUUCAGAUGUGCCACGCCAGCACUUCAGGCAGUUCUGUUACCAGGAGGCUAAGGGGCCCCGAGAGGUUUGCAGCCAACUCCACCAUUUGUGCCUCCAGUGGCUGAAGCCAGAAAGGCACAGCAAGAAGGAGAUGCUGGACCUGGUGCUCCUGGAGCAGCUCCUGGCCGUCCUGCCCCCGGAGAUGGAGAGCUGGGUCAGGGAAUGCGGGCCGGAGAGCAGCUCCCAGGCGGUAGCCCUGGCCGAAGGCUUCCUCCUGAGCCAGGCAGAGGGUGAGAAGCAGGACCAGCAGGUGCAGAAAAGGAUCGCGCAGGACUAUUAUAAAGGAACAACUUUUCCAGGUGAAGCCUUAAAACCAGUGAUAUCUUCUUUAUCAUCACUUGGUGGCAGAGAAAAAGCCGCUUCCAUGCAGCAGGACUCAGGUCUGGUGACCUUGGAGGAGGUGUCUGUGCACUUCACGGAGGAGGAGUGGGCCCUGCUGGAUCCGGACCAAAGACGCCUUCACAACGAAGUCAUGGAGGACAACCGUCAGAAUGUGGCCUCUCUGGAGCCUGAAGGUCCCCAGGAGAAGCUCAAGGGAGGACCACAAGAGCUCCCUUUGGAAGGGAAGCAGCAAAGAAGACGCACUGGAACAGACUGGAAGAGGGGGAGUGAAUCCUGUGCUUCUCAGGGUGCUGAAUCCCAGGACUUCCCCCCAGACCAAGGAAAGAUCAGUUGCCCUGUAUGUGGAAAAACAUUCAAGUAUAAAUCAGUGUUUAAUAGACACUGGAGAAUCCACAGAGGGGAGAAACCGUAUCAGUGUUUGGAGUGUGGAAAGGCCUUUGUUCGGAAGGAACACCUCUUGGAACACAAAAACAUUCACACAGGACAGAAACCUUAUAAAUGCUUGGAGUGUGAGCCUGAUGGUCCCCAGGAAAAGCUCAAGGGAGGACGACAAGAGCUCCCUUUGGAAGGGAAACAGCAAAGAAGACGCACUGGAACAGACCGGAAGAGGGGGAGUGAAUCCUCUGCUUCUCAGGGUGCUGAAUCCCAGGACUUCGCCCCAGACCAAGGAAAAAUCAGUUGCCCUGUGUGUGGAAAAAUAUUCAGAUAUAAAUCACAGUUUAUUAUACACUGGAGAAGCCACACAGGGGAGAAACCGUAUACAUGUUUGGAGUGUGGCAAGGGAUUUACUCAGAAUACCAAUCUUAUUGCCCAUCUACGUUUUCACACAGGGGAGAAACCAUACAAAUGUUUGGAGUGUGGAAAGGGCUUUGCUCAGAGGGUACAUCUUACUAUCCAUCAACAUUUCCACACAGGGGAGAAACCAUAUAAAUGUUUGGAGUGUGAAAAGAGCUUUACUCAGAAGACACAGCUUACUAUCCAUCAAAGAAUUCACACAGGAGAGAAACCUUAUCAGUGUUUGGAGUGUGAAAAGGCCUUUAUUCGGAAGGAUCAACUUUUGGAACACAAAUACAUUCAUACAGGGCAGAAACCGCAUAAAUGCUUGGAGUGUGGUAAGAGCUUUUCUCGGAGUAAAGAUGCUACUAUCCAUCGUCGAAUCCACACCGGAGAGAAACCAUAUACAUGUUUGGAGUGUGGAAAGAGCUUUGCUCAGAAGAAACAGCUUACUUCCCAUCAAAGAAUCCACACAGGGGAGAAACCUUAUCAAUGUUUGGAGUGUGGAAAGGCCUUUAUUCGGAAGGAAAACCUUUUGGAACACACAAACAUUCAUACAGGGCAGAAACCUCAUAAAUGCUUGGAGUGUGGUAAGAGCUUUGCUCGAAGUAAAGAUGCUACUAUCCAUCGUCGAAUUCACACAGGAGAGAAACCAUAUGAAUGCCUGGAGUGUGGAAAGAGUUUUGCUUGGAAUAAAGAUCUUACUACCCAUCGACGAACCCACACAGGGGAGAAGCCAUAUAAAUGUUCUGAAUGUGGGAAGAGCUUUGCUCGGAGUAGAGAUCUUACUACCCAUCAACGAACCCACACAGGAGAGAAACCAUAUAAGUGCUUGGAGUGUGGCAGGAGCUUUGCUUUGAUUGGAGGACUUGCUGGUCAUCGACAGAUCCACACAGGGGAAAAACCAUUUCAAUGCUUGGAGUGUGGCAAGAGCUUUGCUCGAAAUGCAUACCUUACUGCUCAUCAACGUAUCCACAAAGGGAAGAAACCCUAUAUAUGUUUGACAUGUGGAAAGAGCUUCAGCCAAAACAUGGAGCUUAGCUACCAUGAGAGAAUCCAUGAAGAAGGGAAAUCAUCUAUAUAUUUGGAAUGUGGAAAGAGCUUUGUUGGGAAUGGAAUUCUUUCUGUCCCUCAGCAUAUCCACACAGGAGAAACCAUACCCUGUCUUGGAUCUCUCAACAGGGAUCCAAAAUGACGUACAUUGUUCACUUCCCUUCCAUUUUUUCCUCCCAGUAAUCCUGCUGAAAGGAAAGUUAUACUGAGAACAAAUCACUGGCCCACAGUCAGUAAGCAACGUUCAGAGGCAUCAGUGGGAUCUGAACUUGAACAAACCCUCUGACCUCUUGCUGGGAACCAACAUCAAGAUAAUUCACACUGUGGUAUUCCCCGUUAUUGUUUUUGGGUGUGAAAGUUAGACAAUGAAGGAAGCUGACAAGAAGAAAACUGACUCAUUUGAACGGUGGAGUUGGCAGAGAUUUUACAGUUACCAUAGUCGUCAAAAAGAUAAGAAGGGGUUUUAGGCUCAAAUCAAGCCUGAAUUCCUCCUAGAAGCUAAAAUGACAAAACUGAGGCUAUCUUACUUUGGUCACAUCGUGAGAAAACAAAACUCAUUGGAAAAGACUAUAAUGCUAAGAAUGGUGGAAGCCUUGACUCAGUAAAGGAAGCCACGGCCUCCAGUUUGCAAAGACUGAGCAAAGUUGUUAAUGAUAGGACAUUUUUGUAGGAAUAAAACACUGUGGCCCAAUUCGAAUGUACAGAGUGCUUGCGGAGUAAAAGGCUUGAUGCUUUGUAUAGUUUGUUUAUCCGUAGCUCCUGAACUAGCCCCUCCCUUCUGUGAGUGAAGAUUCUGUUCUGUUCUGUGUCAGUCUCUCUCCUGGACAGGACACAUGAAUGUUUCUCUCAGUUCGUUGUUUAUAUUAUUGUAAAUAGUUUUUAAUGAAGUUCUUCUUUAACUAAACAAACUGACCUUAAAUUAUAUUUCUUCUCACUGGACUUCACUGUGUACUCUGCUACACACAUCUAUGUGUGUGGAAAGGUGGUCUGUCCUUCACCGGGUGAGUGAGGGGACAUGCCCCAUACAGAGGAUUCACAGAGAUAUUCACAUCUCUCUCUCACCCCCCUCACAAUUUUGAAGGUUAAUUCACAGGGCUUCAUAAGUCAGAAGUGGCUUGAUGGCAGACCUCACUCACUCAACUCAUUGCACCACAACACCUACCCUGUGAGGUACGUUAGCUGUAACUGUAUUGUUAAGAAUAUAGCUAGAAAUAUAGGAGAACUGUUCCUGGAUUUCAUCAAGAAAAUUAUACCAGAUGUGUUUGCACAAAAAAACAGCUGGCCUGGUUCCAUAACUAGAUAUGCUACAAAGGGAGUUUAGCGGUCUAGAACUGAAUAACCUUGGAGAGGGGCACGAGGCAGAGGAGUAACACGGCCCAAUGACCUUCUGUCAAUUAGAAGCUCCAGGUACUGAAAGUAUUAUUUAGCCAGCUACCUUGUUAUUUUAAUGCUAUAGGGUCUGCUGAGAUUG